AUGCCUCCGAGCUGCCUGGGCACGUGUGUGAAGUCCCAGGGCUAUGAGUUCCCCCAGCCAGAGCUGGGUGUUAAGGUGGAAGGAAAUACUGGAAAGUUCUUCCAUGACCUUUGUGGCAAAGAUAUGGGGAGGAUGGAUAAACUGUCUGCAGAGUUGAAAGUAGCUCAGAAAGUCCCUACUGGGUGCAGCUGUGCCUGCCAGCACUCGCAGACGCUGCCGUGUAGGUCAGACCCUGGCACUGCUGCUCCCCCAAUCCUGCUGCGCAGCUCUGGCAAGUGGGACUGCACAGGAGCAUCUCCAGCUGCUGGCAUCGGACGAUGUGCUGUGAUCCUGCUCCUGGCUGUGCUGUGCGAUGUGAUAGGGCUGAUCAUCCUCUUCGUGGGAAUUUUUGCUCCACUAAGCUCCUGGGACUUCUUUGUUUACUUGGGAUCUCUGCUGCUAGCCUUCAGCCUCCUCUUCUGGAUCUUCUGGUACACAUUCAACAUCGAGGUCCCCUUUAGGGAGCUGGGUUUUAACUAA